AAUCAUCAGUGUCCUGGGCAGAGGAUUUGUUGGUGUUGGCAGAGCUGCGUUGCCCCAUAUGAGUGUAGGCCGUAGACCGAUUGGCCCGUCGGGUCCCGUUUCUCCCGUUGCUGCCCCGUUCUCCUUGCAGUCUGCCGCCUCCGUCUCUGAAGAAGCCCCAGUUCCUCCAGGAACACCCCCAAAAGUUGAAGUGAAAAUUGAGAAAGUGAAGGAGCCUCUGCAGAAAAUGGGAACAAAAGGCUGUCCCGUAUCCAUCGGGUCAAACUACAUCCCCAUCUGUUGCAAAAAUGAAGCUGUGUUUCAGUACCAUGUUACUUUUACGCCGAACGUUGAGUCUCUCGGUAUGCGCUUUGGUAUGAUGAAGGAGCAUCGGCCUACUACAGGAGAGGUAGUGGCUUUUGACGGAUCCAUCCUCUAUCUGCCAAAACGUCUUGAAGAGGUUGUUCAUCUUAAAGCUGAGAGAAAAACUGACAAUCAAGAGAUUGACAUCAAGAUCCAGUUGACAAAGAUUCUGCCGCCCAGCUCUGAUCUGUGUAUCCCAUUCUACAACGUGGUCCUAAGGAGAGUGAUGAAAUUACUGGGGCUGAAGCUGGUGGGCAGAAACCAUUACGACCCCAACGCUGUAGUGAUUCUCGGCAAACACAGGCUUCAGGUGUGGCCUGGAUACUCCACCAGUAUCAAGCACACUGAUGGCGGCCUCUACCUCAUUGUGGACGUCUCGCAUAAGGUGCUGCGAAAUGACUCUGUGCUGGAUGUGAUGAACCUGAUUUACCAGGGAAGUCGUGAGAGCUUUCAGGACGAAUGCACAAAGGAGUUUGUCGGCUCAAUCGUCAUCACGCGCUAUAAUAACCGCACUUACCGUAUCGAUGACAUCGAGUGGUCCAAGUCUCCCAAAGACACUUUCACCUUGGCUGACGGAACCGUGACCACGUUUGUCGAUUACUACAGAAAGAACUAUGGCAUCACCAUAAAGGAACUGGACCAACCACUGCUCAUCCAUCGUCCAAAAGAGAGGUCCAAACCAGGAGGAAAGGUUAUAACGGGUGAAAUCCUGCUGCUGCCGGAACUCUCCUUCAUGACCGGCAUCCCUGAAAAAAUGAGGAAAGACUUCAGAGUCAUGAAGGAUCUGACCAUGCACAUCAAUGUGGGAGCCGAGCAGCACACCCAGAGUCUCAAACAACUGCUGCACAACAUCAACAGCAGUAGCGAAGCGGUCUCCGAGCUGGCCCGCUGGGGCCUCAGCAUCAGCCAAGAGAUUCUAGUGACUCAAGGAAGAACUCUGCCCAGCGAGACCAUCUGCUUGCAUUCAGCUUCUUUUGUCACGUCUCCGGCUGUAGACUGGUCCAGAGAGGUGGUUCGAGACCCCUCCAUCAGCACUGUUCCUCUGAACUGCUGGGCUGUUUUCUAUCCCCGGCGGGCAACCGAUCAGGCAGAGGAGCUCGUGACUACUUUUACGAGGGUAGCCGGACCAAUGGGCAUCAGAAUUGAGCGGCCCAUCCGCGUAGAGCUACGGGAUGAUCGAACCGAGACCUACGUCAAGAGCAUUCACUCUCAACUCACCAGUGAGCCCCGCAUGCAGCUGGUCGUGUGCAUUAUGACCGGAAACAGAGACGACCUGUACAGCGCCAUCAAAAAGCUCUGCUGCAUCCAGAGUCCAGUACCAUCACAGGCCAUCAACGUGCGGACCAUCUCCCAGCCACAGAAGCUCCGCAGCAUCGCUCAAAAGAUCCUUCUGCAGAUUAACUGCAAACUGGGAGGAGAGCUGUGGACGGUAAAUGUUCCUCUGAAAUACCUGAUGGUGAUUGGGGUGGAUGUUCACCAUGACGUAAGCAAGAAGAGCAGAUCUGUCAUGGGCUUUGUAGCAAGUCUCAACAGCAUGCUGACCAAAUGGUACUCCAGGGUUACCUUCCAGAUGCCUCAUGAGGAGAUAAUCAACGGCUUCAGAGUCUGUCUGCUGGCUGCCCUGCAGAAAUACUACGAGGUGAACCACGCCUUCCCUGAGAAGAUCGUCAUCUAUCGCGACGGCGUGUCUGACGGACAGCUCAAGACUGUGGAGCUUUACGAGAUCCCUCAGGUUCUGAAAUGCUUCGAGACCAUCCCGAACUACGAACCGAAGCUGGCUUUCAUCGUGGUGCAGAAGAGGAUCAGCACCACCCUGUACUCCUACGGAUCCGACCACUUCGGCACGCCCUCGCCAGGAACCGUACUGGACCACACCGUCACAAACAGAGACUGGGUGGACUUCUACCUAAUGGCACAUUCGAUUCGACAGGGUUGCGGCCUUCCCACUCAUUACAUCGCAGUGUACAACACUGCAAACCUCACCCCUGACCACUUACAGAGGUUGACCUUCAAGAUGUGCCACCUGUAUUGGAAUUGGCCCGGAACGAUACGCGUUCCUGCACCGUGCAAGUACGCCCACAAACUGGCCUUUCUGUCUGGUCAGUACCUCCACUCAGAGCCUGCCAUCCAGCUCUCAGAGAAACUGUUUUUCCUGUGAAUGAGACCCGUUCAGCGUCUCAAUCAGACACAAGAGGGAUCGAAUCUCCCUCUUUCGUUCUUGUUUUUUUUUUUUUGCUUUUCUUAAAAGUACUGUUCUGAAUGUUCUUUGCUGGUAUCCAAAACAACCUUUUUUUUUUCCCAAAAGUGUUUUUGUAACUCUUAGUUGUUCGUUCUUGUAAAGCAUUACUGAAUAAAG